AGCUGCUGCGCCUUGUCACAUUGCUGCAGAACAUGAUCGCGGCGACACGCUCCCUCCGUGUGGGCUCGAUCCGUCUACGCGCACGGACGCAAACGAAGCGCUUUUGCUGAGGAAUCCGAACACCGACGCCGGUUCGCUGAAUUGCGGGCUCGCGCAGCGGACGAGUCUCGCCGGGCUUGGGGACAAACACGGAUUGUUUAAAAAAAAAACAAAAGAGAGAGAGAGAGAGAGAGGGAAAAAAAGCUGCAGUCGGACGGGAUUCCCUCGACUAUUUUUGCGUGCGCGUUCCUCUUUGGGAUUUUAUUCGGCGCAUCAUUUUUUUUUUUUUUUUUUUUGCGCGCGUGAGCGUCUCCGCCGCAGCAUGCGUGUUUUAAAUCUCCUCCACUAGCUUCACAUCGCGUUCAAAAAAAAACGACAAGGCAAAUGUUGAAAUGGAUCUAUCACUAUUGCGCUGAUCCCGUUUGGUGCCCUCUCUUUCUACCUCGGCUGGUGUGCGCACUAGUUUGAUUUCUUUUGAUUUUUUUUUUUUUUAGGGGUGUGUGGGAAUACGACCCCCCCCCUUUUUUUGGGCCCGUAUGAUGUACGAAAGCGUGGACGUAGUGGGACUGAACCCCAGCCCCAACCCCUUUUUGAUGAUGGAUUACUACAACCAGAGCAGAGGGUGUCUUCUCCCGGAGAAAGGACUGGUGCCCGGGGCUCCUCAUCCUUACAGCUCGUCCGUCAGAAACCAGCACUGGAACGGUUCCAAUCACUCGAUAGAGACGCAGAGUACCAGCUCGGAGGAGAUAGUGCCAAGCCCGCCCUCGCCUCCCCCGCCGCCCCGCGUCUACAAGCCCUGCUUUGUGUGCCAGGACAAGUCCUCAGGGUACCACUAUGGUGUCAGCGCCUGCGAAGGCUGCAAGGGCUUCUUCCGGAGAAGCAUCCAGAAGAACAUGGUGUACACUUGUCAUCGUGAGAAGAACUGCAUCAUCAACAAAGUCACUCGAAAUCGCUGCCAGUACUGUCGGCUUCAGAAGUGCCUGGAAGUGGGAAUGUCCAAGGAGUCUGUUAGAAACGACCGGAACAAGAAGAAGAAGGACGAAAAGAAGCAGGAAUGCACGGAGAGCUACGUGCUGAGUCCCGACACGGAGCAGAUGAUCGACAGGGUCCGCAAGGCCCACAAGGAAACGUUCCCCUCCCUCUGCCAGCUCGGCAAAUACACUACGAACAACAGUUCGGAGCGCCGCGUGUCCUUGGACGUGGACCUCUGGGACAAGUUCAGCGAGCUGUCCACCAAAUGCAUCAUCAAGACGGUGGAAUUCGCCAAGCAGCUCCCCGGCUUCACGACGCUCACCAUCGCCGACCAGAUCACCCUGCUCAAAGCCGCCUGUCUGGACAUCCUGAUACUGCGGAUCUGCACACGCUACACCCCAGAGCAAGACACCAUGACCUUCUCAGACGGACUCACGCUAAACCGAACCCAGAUGCACAACGCCGGCUUCGGACCGCUCACCGACCUGGUCUUUGCCUUCGCCAACCAGCUGAUCCCUCUGGAGAUGGACGACGCUGAGACGGGGCUGCUCAGCGCCAUCUGUCUGCUGUGUGGAGAUCGUCAGGAUCUGGAACAAGCAGAGAAGGUGGACGUUUUGCAGGAGCCUCUUCUGGAGGCACUGAAGAUCUACGUGAGGAAGAGGAGGCCCCACAAACCGCACAUGUUCCCCAAGAUGCUGAUGAAGAUCACCGAUUUGAGAAGCAUUAGCGCCAAAGGGGCUGAGCGCGUCAUCACGCUGAAAAUGGAGAUCCCGGGCUCCAUGCCUCCCCUCAUCCAGGAGAUGCUGGAGAACUCCGAAGGUCUGGAGAGCGGCAACUCCGAAGGUCUGGAGAGCGGCGCCGCGGGAGGCCGUCCCUGCGGCACCCCGCCGGGCAGCUGUAGCCCCAGUUUGUCCCCAAGCUCCGCCCAAAGCAGUCCAGCCACACAAUCGCCGUAGUAACGGCCCACCUUGGGUUGUGUCUGUUUGUUUGUUUUCACACACGCCGGUCAGUCAGAGGAGGGGCGAAGGAGGAGGCCUUGACUGCUGACGGAUGGAGACCUUCCUCCCCUUGGUCCGCUUUUCCUCACGCGAGGGGAGGCACGGCCGGCCGGGGCACGCCGCGCCGCCGCCCAGAGACCACACCGUAAACACUGCUGAUGACUCCGCCCCUCCUCCUUCUCCUCCUCCUCCUCCUCGUCUUCUUCCUCACUCCACUGCCGCGCUGCUCUCCACUUCUCUCCAGAAGGCUGUUGGAAUGUCGCAUGAAUGCAGUGUGCAGCACAGGAAGCGAGAGUGGCCAGGUUGGGAAGUGACAGGCUUCUGGACAGAUUUGACAAACACCAGACACUUUUUUUUUUCCUUUCUUUUCGUUGUUGUUGAUGUUGUUGCUGUUGAUGAUGAUGCAGACUACAAGCUCGGGGCUUGUCAAAAGACCCUCCUCCUCUUCCGCCUCCUCUUACUUCCUCCUCAGAGACUCUGGGUCUUUUCUCUUUUCCCAGCUUCGAAAAGAAAAAGAAAAAAAAAACAAAAAAACAAACGGAUUUCGUACACAAAGAUAUAUAUAAAUAUAUAGAAAAGUUAAGGAACUAUUGUGAUUGAAUGGGAGGCCGUAACGAGGACGUGUUUUCUGAGAUUAGAUUGUCGUACUCCCUCACUGUUUUACCCAUCAUGAGAGGAAAAGAGCAAGUUUGAUCACACGUGUACAUUAUUCGAAUUAACAAAAAAAAAAAA